UUCCAAGAAGUUUCGUUAAUUUUAGGUGGAUUUGUUUUUCCACUUUCUUACCACUUCACUCGGUUCCAGAAGCACACAUAGUCGUCAUGAUUGCCAUUUUUUAAUAAAUAAAUAAAUGGGCCUCUUUAGACUACGCCAUAUGUUCAUAAAUUCAUAUUAUUUUUUUAAUCCGGUUGCUCAAUUCCUCUUAACAUACCUCCAUUUUUUUUCUUCCUUUGUCUACAUCUAUAUUUAUUAGAUUUGAUUGGUUGUGCAUAUCAAUUCUCAAGUACCUUCUUGUUAAUUGUUUUUUGUUUAUCUGAUUUGUUGCUUUUCUACCAAUCUGACCUUCCUAAGGAAACAAGAAAUUUCAAUAUAUUAAGGAGUCAUCAAAGGUUGUCUUGUCUUUUGGGUUGGCUAUAAUCAAAAGCUCUGCCACUUGGUCAAAAUCAAAAGCCUUGGCUGAGUUUUUUUCUUUGUCUCUUGGAGCAUCAUCUACAUCUUCCUGUACUUGCAUCAGCAAAGAAGAGAUCCUAGAAGGUUCAACAAGAUUUCAUCAGUGAGCUCUUGUUUUUUUAAUUCUCAAGACCGAAAAUUUGUAUGUGCUGAGGGAACAAAAGGAGAACUAUGUCACUGGUUAUAUCUACAGAGCUGGCUGAUGCAUCAUAUAGGAAUGCUAAACUCUACACACUAAAGGGAACUGAUGUUACACCAGGCUUGUCCUCCCACAGUUUUGCUCCAGAUAAGCACAGAAACAUGUACGUAACAAAUUCUUACUCCAGUGAGAUCAGUUAUGAAAAGUACUUCCGCGAUUCGCCGACAGAAGAGCUGAUAGAGCCAUCCAGUUCCAGCAUAUCAGCAAACUCAGUUCACCCUGAUGCUGCUUCUUCUUACCUUCUCAGAGCCAGUUCAGGAGCUUCUGUCAUUGCUGAUAACCCCUUUGACUCUUCCAUCUUGUCUACAAGGCAUCAUAGCGGCAGUUCUCAGUCCAAUUUCGUGGAAAAUGAGAGCCCGGAUUGCCUUGACUUCGACGGAGAAAUGAGACUAAAACUGCUAGAACUGGAGAGGGCUUUGCUUUCUGAUGAAGAAGAGGAGGAGGAAGACAUAUUUGAGACAGUUCAAAGCAUGGAGAUUGAUCGCGAGGUGGCCGAGUGGGCGAAUCCCCUUCAAGAUAUGCUGCUCCAUGACUCACCAAAGGAGUCCUCAUCCUCAGAUUGUUCCAAUCUUAGCAGCAUAAGUAGCAGCACCAAAGAAAUGACCCCCAAGCAACUGCUAUAUGAUUGUGCUAGAGCACUUUCAGAAGGGAAUGAAGAGGAAGCAACAUCUAUGAUCAACAAUCUGAGGCAAAUUGUCUCAAUUCAGGGUGAUCCUUCCCAAAGGAUUGCAGCCUACAUGGUGGAAGGACUUGCGGCUCGCGUGGCUUCGUCAGGAAAAUGCAUCUAUCAAGCCUUGCGAUGCAAGGAACCUCCCUCUUCAGAUCGCUUAGCAGCAAUGCAGAUACUGUUUGAGGUCUGUCCUUGCUUCAAAUUCGGAUUCAUGGCUGCAAAUGGCGCAAUAGCUGAGGCCGUUAGAGAUGAAAAGAAGGUUCACAUAGUAGACUUUGACAUCAGCCAGGGAACUCAAUACAUAACUCUAAUACAAACACUUGCUUCAAUGCCAGGUAGGCCACCUCAUGUGAGACUGACCGGGGUGGAUGAUCCUGAGUCUGUGCAGCGACCUGUCGGUGGCCUCAACAUCGUCGGACAACGCCUUGAAAAGCUCGCCGAGGAACUCGGCUUGCCAUUCGAGUUUCACGCCGUGGCAUCAAGGACAUCGCUUGUCACGCCGCCAAUGCUCAACUGCCGUCAAGGGGAAGCUCUGGUGGUGAAUUUUGCAUUCCAGCUGCAUCACAUGCUUGAUGAAAGUGUGUCAACCGUGAAUGAGAGGGACCAACUUCUGAGAAUGGUUAAGAGCUUGAAUCCGAAGCUUGUGACGGUUGUGGAGCAAGACAUGAACACAAACACUAGCCCUUUUCUUCAGAGGUUUGUUGAGGCCUACAACUACUACUCUGCUGUGUUUCACACGCUUGAUGCAACUCUCCCCAGGGAGAGCCAGGACAGGAUGAAUGUUGAGAGGCAAUGCUUGGCAAAGGACAUCGUUAACAUCAUCGCGUGCGAGGGCGAGGACCGGAUAGAACGGUACGAGGUUGCUGGAAAGUGGAGGGCCAGGCUGAGGAUGGCCGGGUUCACUUCAUCACCAAUGAGCACAAAUGUGAGGGAAGCAAUAAGGAAACUCAUUGUUAAGCAGUACUGUGAGAGGUUCAAGAUAAAGGAGGAAAUGGGGGCACUUCAUUUUGGUUGGGAGGACAAAAACUUGAUCGUUGCUUCAGCGUGGAAGUGACUAAGAUCAACACAAAUUCUUUUGGUGACUCAUUGUAGUGUUUGUUUGCUUGUUCAGUCUGUAUCUCUAUGUUUGUGCAUGCUUGGUUCAGACUCACAUGUAUACUAACGUGCGACUUAUGCUAAUACAAAACUUUGAUGUGUUUAACGUGGAUGGAUUGGAGGCCAAUGAAUGGAGUAUGUGACAACGUAAAACACCUAUCGAUGGUUAGGAUUGUAAUGACAUCAUUUCUUGUUAGCUUAAUUUUGUGUUUCAUUUUGGUUAGGAUGUCACGUUGAGAGGCUUGUAGCUUACGGCAUAAGGUUUUGAUAAUUGAUGGAAGUGCACUAUAAUAUGUAGACGUGUUUAUGAUU